ACGGCUGGAGAGGGGAUAUGGGGGCAGAGGAGGCGGGGCAAUACAGUGUGGCGCUCGAUCAAUCCGAGCUUCAGACUUGACAGAGCCUCGAGGAUCGGCGGGACGAACGAAAGGGAACUAGAGUAUAAGCGCCUGUCUACCUCCCCAGAUUGAGUGACCAUGAGGGCCAGUUGUCUGCUACUGUUGUCCAUGCCUGUCCUUUUAGUUGCCCAGCACUUUGGUGCGACAGAUGAAGAAUAUGACAAGUAUAUUCCCUCAGAUGAUUAUGAUUACGGGAUUCCUGGUCUGGAUAAUACAGUCUCCUCUCCACAACAGCAGGUGCUUUUGGAACGUCCCUUUGGCCCUGGCCAAUCCGAAGCUGAGUUACAGACUGAACCCACAGAGCCAGGACCUCUCGAUUGCCGUGAGGAGCAGUACCCCUGUACGAGGCUCUACUCUGUACACAAGCCCUGCAGGCAGUGUCUGAACAGCCUCUGCUUCUACAGCUUGCGCAGGGUGUACGUGGUGAACAAGGAGGUGUGUGUGAGGACAGUGUGUGCCCACGAGGAGCUGCUGAGAGCGGACAUGUGCCGUGACCAGUUCUCGCGGUGUGGCGUGGCGGCGCUGAGUGGCCAGUGUGGGGCGCUAGGGAGCAGCUGUGGGAAGAGCUGCGGUGGAUGCUGAGCCAGGGGAGACGGGGAGGGGUGUGCUCACAUACUGCCCAAAUCCCCACCUCCAAAACCCCCAGCUUUCCCUCCCCUCCCCCUUUCCUUGGACCAAAGACCCUAUUGUCUGCACCUUUGUUCUUCCAUUCUUUUAUAUCUUUUUUUUUAGAACUGUUCCUCAACCCCCCCCCCCCCCACCCCUCCACAUUAUUCCUUAUAUAUGUGUAUAAAUACAUAUACUUUUGUACCCAAAUAUAUAUUUUUGACUGUAUGAUGUCACUGGUGCUAUUAAAAGAACUGUACACUGGUGCUAUAAAACAGCGGUACGUUGCUCAGAUGCACAUAAACAGCUAUGAAGUUGUCACUCAAUAUACUGUGUGAUUUCUUUUUUUACUGUAUCAUUUAUUUUUUGUAGCUUUUUGUGUAUUUGUUUUACAUGUUUUGUUCUUUCUUUGUUACUGUGUGUGUUCAAGCAGUGUUAAAAAUGAUGACAAAAGCAGGUGACAUUUUGUAUUACCUGCCAUCUUAACUAAUGUAAUUGUAUUGUAACUGAACUGCAAUUACUGUGCAACUACAUGUGAUUUUAAAGUAAUGCAUUUGUCAGGUCUGGUUUCUGGAAUGAGUCUGAAUGAACCCCUGCAAUAUGCAACUCAAAUCCCCAUAACUUUAGACAACCAUAAUUAAUAUAACUCUCCCAAACUAAUCAGACCCAACCAUAAAUACUAUAAAUCUAGCUAACUACGCAAACCCAACCAUAAUUACCUUAACUCUUCCUGAACCUAACCCUGACCCUUUACGUAAUUUUCCAAAUAUGUAUUUAUACAGCAGUUGCACACAGAACUUAGGUAAUUACAAUGCAUUUACCGCACAGCAGUGCCUGUUUCAUAUGAGGACUGAGUAAACAGCACGAAGACGGAGCCUCUGCACUUGAGCAAAAAGCAAUAAUUAAUAAUCAAUAAUCAACCGGUUAUACCACAGCAAGCUCAGACAAGCAGGCGUCCGUCAGACCAGAUCAAGUGAGCUGCAGACCAAAGUAAUGAAUGUGGUGCUCUUUGACCUCUGCUUUUGUAAUUCGGUGAGAUGCAGUGAAUAGUUGUGUUCAUACAGUACUCAUCAGCAUCAGUGGCAAAAGGUGCUCAGUGAAGGCUGCUCACAAACGGUUACUGUACUUGUACUUUAAAUUCUUUUUUUUAUUUUUAUGGCCAAACAAGUAAAAAAAAUAAAUGUUUUCUGUGGUAACUUGUGUGUGCUGGUUAUUAAAUGUCUGUGCCUGA